GGAAUAAUAGGCUACCUUGCCACUUUCUCUGGAAAUAUGUCGACAUCUCUCUCUCUCCAUUGACACGUUUGAAAAUUAUGUCGACAUCUCACUCUAUCUCUCUCUCCAUUUUCAAUUGUAGUUACGUAUCCAUACACUUCUAUGAUAUAUAUGUGUAAUUCGGAGAUUCGUGUUGUUUGAGAGCUAGAGUAAUUGAAUAGAAAGGCUCCUAAAAAGAAUACGAUUCACUUCUUGGUUCCUGCUAAUGUCAUUCUUUGAGAAUCUCUUUCCAGGGCUUUGGUUCGGGGAAAUUGGAGAAAAAGUUGGGGUUUAUUCAGACUCCUUUCUUCAGAAUCUUUCUCAAUCCAUGUCAAACUCCACUUGUGGCAGUGCUGAUGAAUAUUCUGAGGGAUGUCACAAUGACUCCUUUGCUCUCAUCUUUAAAAUGGUGGCAAUCGCUGUCAUUCUCAUUGCUGGAAUUUGUGGUGUUGCCAUUCCAUUGGUUGGUAAGAAGCGCCGGUUCCUCCAAACAGACUCGAACCUCUUUGUUGCUGCAAAAGCCUUUGCUGCUGGUGUCAUUCUUGCCACUGGCUUUGUCCACAUGUUACCGGAUGCCACAUCUGCACUGACAAAUUCUUGUCUCCCAAAAUUCCCGUGGUCAAAAUUUCCAUUUUCUGGGUUUGUUGCAAUGAUUGCCUCUUUGGCUACAUUGCUGGUUGAUUUUCUGGGGACUCAGUACUAUGAGAGGAAACAGGAGAAUGAGAGUCCUAAUGUUGAGUUUGAUUCAUCGGACAUGGUGUCCGAAUUUGGGAUUGUUCCAGUAGAGAAAAAGAGGGGGAGUGCAAAGGUGUUUGGGGAAGAGGAAGGGGGUGCAAUGCAUAUUGUGGGGAUGCGUGCACAUGCGGCACACCAUAGACACAGCCACCGACAAGAAGAGGGGGCAUGCGAAGGGCGCGUAAAGGAACAUGCACACGGUCAUUCACAUUCACAUGCGAUCAGUGGUUGGGAUGAGGAAGGUGGUCUCAGGCACAUUGUUGUUUCACAGGUUCUGGAACUCGGAAUAGUAUCACACUCCGUGAUCAUCGGACUCUCUCUAGGAGUCUCGCGCAAUCCAUGUACAAUAAGACCCUUGAUCGGAGCAUUAUCAUUCCAUCAGUUCUUUGAAGGGUUUGCUCUAGGAGGAUGCAUUUCACAGGCCAAAUUUACGAGCCUUCGUGCAACCCUUAUGGCAUGCUUUUUUGCCUUAACGACCCCAUUGGGAAUAGCUGUUGGAACUGGCAUUUCUUCGAUUUACAAUCCUAAUAGCCCGAGAGCUCUGGUAAUUGAGGGCAUUUUUGAUUCAAUAUCUGCUGGAAUUCUUGUAUACAUGGCUCUUGUGGAUUUGAUUGCAGCUGAUUUCCUGAGUAAGAGGAUGAGCUGCAACUUGAAGCUCCAAAUAGUGUCUUAUUUUGCACUCUUCAUUGGGGCGGGACUGAUGUCUUCUCUUGCCUUGUGGGCUUGACUAGUCUCGUUUAGACGUCGUUUCUUUUUGCUGUUAGAUUAAUAGAGGCUAGAGAUUAUCACGAGAAAUUGUGUUGUAUUUAAGGUUAUUUUGACUCUUCCUGUGAUGUUUUUCCUAGUAAAAGCAUCUAAUGUGAUGGGCGUUCCGACUGAGAAGGUUUCCAGCUCCUUUGUGCAA